CCCAACUUCCCUGAUAUAGUUGCUCGCCAGUGAAGGACUGCUGUUGGUUAGAAAGAGAAGGCGAAACGGGUAACUGCAAAAACGUUAUUUUGUUCCACAACAAAUGAUUAAGAACUUUUUGAGGGUGGAUAGUAUGUAUAUCCUAGUCUGAACGGUGUUUUCACCUUUUUUGUUGUGCUACUUACACAUGUUAUAUUCGCCUGAUUCUAACUUGCCUUAAGUGUUCUAAGUGCUUUUCAAAGUCGACGUCUGCUCAGUGAAUGCGGUAAAGGACUUCUCUGUUCAUUUAAAACCAACCACACCAUCUUAAGCAUCAUGCCAUUCCCAUUUGGGAAGUCUCAGAAGAACCCAGCAGAGAUUGUGAGGAAUCUCAAGGAGAACGUGGCAUGCUUGGAGAAGCUGGAAGCGUCUGACAACAAGAAAUGUGAAAAGGUUGCUGAGGAGGUGUCAAAGAACCUAGCUUCCCUGAAAGAGGUUCUCUGUGGUACUGGAGACAAGGAGCCUCAAACGGAAGCAGUUGCCCAGCUGGCGCAGGAGCUUUACAAUACCAACCUCUUCAUCUCCCUUAUAGCCAACCUGCAGAGGAUUGAUUUUGAGGGAAAGAAAGACGUGGUACAUCUGUUCAGCAACAUAGUCCGUCGUCAGAUUGGCACCCGCACCCCCACCGUAGAGUACAUUUCCUCCCACUCACAGAUCCUGUUCAUGCUGCUGAAAGGCUAUGAGACUCCAGAGGUGGCUCUGAACUGUGGCAUGAUGCUGAGAGAGUGCCUCCGUCAUGAACCUCUGGCUCGCACUGUCCUCUUCUCUGAGGAUUUCUACUGCUUCUUCCGCUAUGUGGAACUAUCCACCUUUGAUAUUGCCUCUGAUGCCUUUGCUUCAUUUAAGGAUCUUCUAACGAGACACAAGAUAAUGUGUGCAGAUUUCUUGGAAACAAAUUAUGACAGAGUGUUUACAGAGUAUGAAAAGCUGCUGCAUUCAGAUAAUUAUGUCACCAAAAGGCAGUCCCUAAAGCUUUUAGGAGAACUCCUGCUGGAUCGACACAACUUCACAGUCAUGACCAAAUACAUCAGUCGAGCUGAGAACCUGAAACUGAUGAUGAACAUGUUGAGAGAUAACAGCCGCAACAUCCAAUUUGAAGCCUUUCAUGUCUUCAAGGUGUUUGUGGCGAACCCAAAUAAGACGCAGCCAGUGUUGGACAUCCUCCUAAAGAACCAGUCCAAGUUGGUGGAAUUCUUGAGUCACUUCCAGACAGACCGCUCUGAAGACGAGCAGUUCUGCGACGAAAAGAACUAUCUCAUCAAGCAGAUACGUGACCUCAAGAGACCUGCACCACCAGAGGAGGCAUAAAGGGAGCAAGAAACGGAAGCACGGGAUGAAAGCGUCGGGCGGUGAUGUGCUUUUUGUGGAUGAGGGAGGGAACUAGAGGGAAUAACCAGGAAAGAAAGACAUGCCUCACUAGAUCCCAUUUCUGAGCUCUAAAAUGGGUAAAUAAAUGUUAUAGUCAACAUUUGCAAAUCCACCUUUGCUUAGAGACGAGGGUGAUUUUGCAAUGAGAAGAGGAAGUGGGACCCAAGCACUAUUUAUACCCCAGUCUUUUUUCUCCAGUGAAAAAUGUUACAAAUACAAAUGGAUUCUUUUGAGCCUUCUGAUAUUUUAAGACCAUUGUUUGUCUGUGUAACUUCUUACUACCUGAGACCAUUUGAGUUAACCUUAGCUAGUUUUUUCCCGUUUUGGAUGAAAACAUAAAACAUCAAUUGGAAAAAUUACCCAAGGCCUUUUUAGGGAUCUUCACAGAUGUGUUUUCCCUUUAAUUGUUUGGACAAAGAAAAUGUUUCUGACGCACAUCUGCAUUUACUGCAGGGUCUUUGGUGGGGCUCCAAUAACCAACCCUGGCUUAGAGGUACAUUUGAGGUUGAAAGCAACACAUUGGAAAGUGACUGUGUAGAAAAGAUGUCAUAACUUUAGAAAAUUAAGGAAUUAUUUUUUAAGUCUGCACUCUAGUUAAUAGUAAAACAGAUCAUUCUCUCCAAAACUGGGUGUGUUCCAUAUAUCAGAUCUGUUUUGUUUUUUUUUUUUUAUAUAAACAAAUUCAAAGGGGAGUGUCUUACUAAACUGCCAUAUAGUCCAGAACACCAGGCUUUUCUCAGAGACCAAUUUUACUCUCUCAUUUCUGAUGUUGCACUCACUUUCCAAUCUAACUGGUUGCAUUAUUUAAAAAGCUUAAUGGGUUGUUCUUAAUACUCUCACCUAACGUUGUAUUUAUAGUAUUAUUCUAAUUUCUCUUUGGUUAGCUCAUUUGAAGCAAUGGGAGAGGCUCUUUUAAAAGUAGAUCUUCAUCAGAUUUUUGUUUCCCAUUUAUUAGCUGUGCAACCAAUUCUGAGUUUGUAUACGUCACUGAUUUAGAAAUACACGGUACGCAUGGAACAUUAAUCUCUACCCACACACUGUAAUGUUGUAAGAAUGAUGAGUGCAGGUCUAAAUACAAGUUCUGAUGCUCUUCAGAUGCUGCAUUUUGAAUUACAGCUUUACACAUCAACAUGCAAGCCGACGAAGCCAUUAACUGAUCGGAAAGACCAUUUAACAGCGUGUUUGUCAACAUCUGCACUGUCAAACUUGAAUGAGCCAAAACUGUGGUAACACUUGUUACAUCUAAAGAUUGUAUUAUUGCGCUUCAAGUCUGAUUUGCACUUUUCAGUACCUCUUGGUCAUUGAAAGGUCCUUUUGAAUGAAAAUGCAGAACAGGAUUCUACUGAAAAGAAAAAAAAAAAACAUUAAAUUAGUCAGUUUACCUUACGCUGAACUUAUUUUAUGAACUCUGUUUGCACAAGUUCUUGUCUUAUAUACCUCAUAGGUUCUGAGUUGCUUAAGUGCUGUUUUUUUUUUUCCUUUUUUUUUUUAGUUUUGUGUUGUAUUACUGUGGAUAUAAGGCAGUAGUUUGAAUAAUGCAAGCGAACGUAAGACGUUAAAAGAAGACAGCCUUCAGUUGCUGAAUGGGAUCCGCAAGGGAAAAUAUAAACUGUUUGCUCAUGCAUGUCGAAUGCCAUGAGCAUGAUGAGAUUUCUGUGUAUUUGUGUGAAUGUGCCACAGCUUCACUCCUGGGUUUAAGUGAGAGAUUUGAAAUGUCUGUGAGUCACAUAUGUAGUGUAGUAUGAUUGCGCCGAAUCCAGCAGCUAUAAAUUGUAGGUAGAACGCAGCGUUUAAUUAGUACAGGGGGGACGCGUGUUAAAACAGGGCUGUUACACCUUUCUGAAAAUGUGAUACCUUUCAUGCAGAAGUGAUUGUUUUCAAAAUAAAAACUCUUGAGUACAAUAUGCAUAAAUAUGCAUAAAAUACCUUACUUAAAAAAAAAAAA